UAAAGAUUACGAAGAAAAGUUUUGAUAAUUUGUACAAGAUUUUACAUUAUAUAAUAGUUUAUAUUUAGUAUUUGUUAUAUUGCGCCCUUGUAGAUUUCUGCAUGAUUUUUAAAAUGAAAGCAAACUCAUGAUUUGUAUUUAUCUAGGAAUCAACUCUGAAGAUUUCUCUCUCACCCUCUCGCCAUCUCUCUUUCAUGUACAACUUGCUAAAAAAAUAUUACUUUCAAUUUCGCUUUGCCUUGCCAUGAAGAAGAGUGUUGCCGUUGUUGAGAAAAGGAUCUGUUAUCUUUUUCAGCUUGCCCAUCAGUGCAUCACUGCAAAAGACAUGAACAAGGAAUUGUGCAGAUACCAUGUGAGAAGUUUGAAGAGGAUAGCAAUGAAAAAUGUCAUAAGACUACAUACUGAUAUAAAGAGGAAGAUUUGUAAGAAAUGUGAUAUGCUGUUGCAUGCUGGGAUAACUGCCAAAGUUCGACUCUCCAGAAAGCCUAACCGAGCCGUCACAGUACAGUGCUUAGAAUGCAAGAAUGUAAAGAAGUUUCCAUGCAGUAACCCGGACUACAAAAUUUGGAUAGAGAAAUGCCAAAAUGUUCAAGAUUCCUAACAAAAAGAUUCAGAGGUCACAUAAUCAGGAUUGAAGGUUCCGAGGCCUUUCUAAAACCCCAUAUAGAGGAAUGGGAAGUUUCUAAAACCCCAUAUAGAGGAAUGGGAAGUUUCUAAAACCCCAUAUAGAGGAAUGGGAAGUUUCUAAAACCCCAUAAAGAGGAACCGGAAGUUUCCUCCAGAGGUGGCAGUCAGUGAGAGCCAGACCCUGUAGAUGUGUUUGCUCUUGUAUGUGAAAGUUGUUGGUUUGUAGUUACAAUCGGCAGUUGUAAGAACUUUUAUGUUUGUUGACAGUGCUCCUCACAUAGUGAUAGCAACCACCACUUCCUCUCAAGUUAAUGUACUGUAAAACAUGGCUAUAGGGAACCUCCAGGGCCAGUGAAAAACAGUUCAUAAUAGCCAAUCUUCACGAUAUCCAUUAAAUUUUCAUUAUUUUUUUCUCAUGGGGGAAUAUUACUUCGCAAUAAGCAUACAUUUGUUAUAUAAGUGUAUUCGUUAUAUAAACAUGGUUUACUGUAUAAACA